AAAAAAAAGAAAGCUUAUAGGAGAAGCUAAACGCAGAGAUUCACCAAGAUUCCCCUUUUGGUCUUUGCCUUUCCCCAAUUUCUGUGUAUAUAUUGUUUGAGGUAGCUUCGCACAGAGAGAGAGAAGAGAGAGAAAGGUUAUAGAAGUGAAAAAAUGGCGAAGAUUGAGAACCAAAAGCCAUGGAAAGUGGAGUAUGCGAAGUCGGCCCGGUCGUCGUGCAAGAGCUGCAAGAGCAACAUUGGCAAGGAGGUUCUCCGCCUCGGCAAGAUGGUUCAGGCCACCCAGUUCGACGGCCUCAUGCCCAUGUGGAACCAUGCAACUUGCAUACUGAAGAAGGCAAAGCAGAUUAAAUCUAUUGAUGAUGUUGAGGGCAUAGAGCAACUUCGGUGGGAAGACCAGCAGAAGAUCAGAGCAUACGUGGAGAACAGUGGUGCUGCUCAACCCUCAAAACCAGAAGCCGUCAAGAAUGUGGAAUGUAAUAUUGAAGUUUCUCAAACUUCUCGUGCCACUUGCAGAACCUGCAGUAAAAAAAUCUCUAAAGGAGAGGUUCGUAUAUCCACCAAGCCCGAGGGUCAAGGAGCUAGGGGCUUGGCUUGGCACCAUGCCAAUUGUUACAUGGAAUCCUCUCCAUCUACUCGAGUGGAGAAAUUGUUAGGAUGGGAGACCCUCCCGGCUUCUGAUCAGGCGGCUCUGCAGUCCCUGGUCAAGGAGGUUCCUUCUAGUGCGAAAAGUGGAAAACAAAUCAAUGCAGAGGAAGAUGAAGAACUGAAGCAGUCAUCUACCAAAGCUGGUGCAAAACGGAGAAAGGAUGUUGGUGCGGAUCAGAAGUCUAAAGUUGCAAAAGCUGUUGGUGAUGUGUCAACAAGCAGGAGCCAACCGGUGGGGAAUAAUAAUCAUGUGGAUGAGAAGAACUCAAAAGCAUCUGAUUUAGAGACCAAACUAGAGGCCCAGACUAAAAAACUGUGGGAAUUGAAAGACGAGCUCAAAAAGCAUGUCACAACAGCUGAGUUGCGUGAAAUGCUUGAGGCCAAUGGUCAAGAUUCAACGGGGUCCGAGCUUGAUUUGCGCGAUCGCUGCGCUGAUGGCAUGAUGUUUGGAGCACUUUCUAGCUGCCCACUUUGUUCUGGUUGUCUUUGUUAUUCUGCUAGCAUGUACCGGUGCCACGGUUACCUGUCAGCUUGGAGCAAGUGUAGUUUCUCCACUCGUGAGCCAGAACGUCUUAAAGCAAAGUGGAAAGUCCCAGAAGAUACAAAUAAUCAAUAUCUUAGCAAGUGGCUUAAAUCGCAAGACGUUGGAAAACCUGCACGGAUACUGCCUCCACUGUCGCCUACCAGUUAUUGUGGAAGCCAAGCUAUUAAUGGUCAAUCUCAAUCAUCCAAUGGUGGACGCUUGGCAGAUUUGAAAGUUGCUUUUUCAGGAUUAGCUGAAGAAAACAUGGAGGAAUGGAAGAGGAAAGUCAAGGCCGCAGGUGGAGAUGUUCACGCCAAGCUCAAGAAAGAUACAAACUGUUUAGUUGUGAGUGGAUCGGAUGACCAAUCUGCCGAGAUUAGGAAGGCAAGGAGGAUGAAAAUACCAAUCGUUAGGGAGGAUUAUCUGGUUGAUUGCUUUAAAAGACAAAAGAAGCUUCCAUUUGAUCUUUACAAGGUGGAAGCCAUUGGUGAGUCCUCUAGCAUGGUAACUGUCAGAGUGAAAGGACGAAGUGCUGUGAAUGAAUGCUCUGGUAUGCAAGAUUCUGGUCACAUACUUGAGGAUGGGAAAAGCAUCUAUAAUACGACAUUGAACAUGUCUGACUUAUCAACCGGAAUCAACAGUUACUACAUCCUCCAAAUAAUCCAAGAUGAUAAGAGUUCUGAUUGCUACGUAUUCCGUAAAUGGGGUCGGGUGGGGAAUGAAAAAAUUGGAGGAGACAAAAUAGAAGAGAUGUCAAAAUCAGAUGCAAUCUCUGAAUUUAAACGCCUAUUCCUUGAGAAGACUGGAAAUCCAUGGGAAGCGUGGGAACAAAAGCAUAAUUUCCAGAAGCAGCCGGGCAGAUUUUUCCCCUUGGAUAUCGAUUAUGGUGUUAACAAACAAGUAUCAAAGAAAAAUCAGACAAAGGAGGAAAGCAAACUUGCUCCUCCUUUAGCAGAGCUGAUGAAGAUGCUAUUCAAUGUGGAGACAUACAGAGCUGCUAUGAUGGAAUUUGAGAUCAACAUGUCGGAAAUGCCACUCGGAAAACUGAGCAGAAAUAAUAUCCAAAAAGGAUUUGAGGCACUGACUGAAAUACAGAAUCUAUUAAAUAGCAAUACUCGCGACCCUUCCAUUAAAGAAAGCUUGAUUGUUGAUGCUAGCAAUCGGUUUUUCACUGUCAUCCCUUCCAUACAUCCACAUGUCAUUAGGGAUGAGGAUGAUUUUAAAUCAAAGGUGAAAAUGUUAGAAGCUCUCCAGGACAUUGAGAUUGCUUCAAGAUUAGUUGGUUUUGAUGUUGAUAAUGAUGACUCUCUUGAUGAUAAGUACAUGAAGCUCGGAUGUGAUAUUGUUCCACUUCCCCAUGACAGCGAUGAUUACCAGUUAAUUGAGAAAUAUCUGCUCACUACUCAUGCUCCUACUCAUACGGAUUGGAGUCUUGAGCUUGAAGAAGUCUUUUCACUUGAAAGGCAAGGGGAGUAUGAUAAGUUCCAUCCCCACAGACAAAAGCUUGGCAAUAAAAUGCUCCUUUGGCAUGGUUCUCGGUUGACAAACUUUGUGGGCAUCCUUAGUCAGGGACUGAGAAUAGCUCCUCCUGAAGCUCCAGCUACUGGUUACAUGUUUGGCAAGGGGAUUUAUUUUGCUGAUCUUGUCAGUAAGAGUGCUCAAUAUUGCUAUACUGAUACGAAAAAUUCUGUUGGUCUCAUACUUCUGAGUGAAGUGGCCUUAGGAGAGGUCUAUGAGCUCACAAAGGCUAAGUACAUGGAUAAACCUCCUGAAGGAAAGCAUUCCACAAAAGGGCUUGGCAAGAAGGUGCCUCAGAAGUCUGAAUAUGUUAAGUGGAGGGAUGAUGUUGUUGUUCCUGCUGGAAAACCAGUGGGAUCGAAUGUCAGGGCCUCUGAGCUGAUGUACAACGAGUACAUUGUGUAUAAUACCGCUCAAGUUAAAAUGCAAUUCUUGUUGAAGGUGCGGUUUCAUCACAAGAGGUAAGGGGGAUGCUAAAAAUGGAUGUUCAGUAUUUUGUUGAUGAUGUACAGUGCGGUUGUGUAUUCCGAAAAUCAACUGAUAAUCCUCUUCUGCAUUUCACAAAUCUGGAUAAGAUCUCAUUUUGGGGAUUACUGGAGAUCUUUCAGCUUUUGCUUCUCCCUAUGUAAAGGAAUGAAUUUAACCAUCGAAAGUAACGAUGCCUAAUUAUUUUCUGCAAUACUAUGUUUGAUCGUUACUUUCAAUAUAUGCUUCCUUUGCUUCUUACUCUCUAGCUAUGUAUGAAACCUCAAGGAUUUGUCCUGA